AUGACGGGCAAUGCAUUUGCUGUCGUCUAUGUCGAUCGCAAGACGCCUAUAACAGGCUUUCUGGACAAGAAUCUCGAUGGAUUGAAACAGGAGAACAACUCCAAUGAGACCGAGCACAAUAUCCGUACCAUCAUGGCUGCCUUUGGGCAAGCUCAUGUCUGCGCCGAUGGCGUGUCCUGCCUGACGACCAUUGCACAGCUCGAUGAUUCGCGCAACCCUAAUCCGAUUGUCGUGCUUCUCGAUAUGCCCCACGACGACGAGCCCGCCGUCCGUAGGACUUCAUGGGACUCCAACCCCCCUUCACCAUUAGUGGGGAAGCGUCCCAAGGUGGAGCGAAACGAGCCGAGUGAUGUAUAUGGCGUACACUUGCUGGCAUAUCUAUCUUCGGAGAUCCAACAGCGCGUUCGUUCAAGGCUGGUCAUCCCGAUCGCUGUUCUUGCUGGCAAGACCGACCUACUGGCUGAACCCACACGUAUGUCUCGCUUUUUGGAUGCUGGUGCCAUCGAUGUGCUACCUAGUCCAAUUGGACUCGAUAGAGUCCAAGGCCUGGCUGUUCACGCAUACCGUACUUACAAGGAGGUUACACGUGAAGCAGCGAGUUUCGUGCUCGAAAAAAGAAACAGGAAGCUCUCAUGGGUGGGGAUUGAUGAAGAGCGGCCGUACGCCUACCUCCGAGAGGUUAUGGUUUCCGGCCUGAUGAACGGCAUAUGCAACCCUGACUCAGUCGGCGAGUGUAUCGAUCCAAGCGAACUUAAGCUUAGUGACGAAAGAAAAGCUCUUGUGGAGCAGGCCGUAGGCACUUGGGCGUUUUCCGCUCAUGACUUCGACUCAGACGAGCUUCUCUACGCUGCUUUGACUAUGCUCCAGCAUGCCUUGCAGAUGCCGGAACUGGAAAAAUGGCGCAUCUCUAUGGAUGAUCUGACCAUCUUCCUGUUCGCUUGCAGGCACGCUUACAAUGACUUUGUCCUAUAUCACAACUUCCGUCACAUUGUUGAUGUUCUACAAGCCGUCUUCUACUUCCUCCUACAGAUAGGGAUUCUGCCCCCUUACCCUGGCUCACAACAAGAUCAGGCACCCAGGACAGACCUUGCGCCAGUAGCAUCAUUGCUACAGCCAUUUGAUGCGUUGACUUUGCUCAUUUCCGCCAUCGGCCACGAUGUUGGUCACCCCGGUAUUCUUCGCAGAUACUGGCCACAAGCUUUCGCUGAUAUUCCGAUGCGCAAACUUAUGAUCAACUCAAUUUUGGCUACAGACAUGGGCCUCCACUUCAAAUACAUGAUUGACAUGGGCAAUUUGCAAGAAAAGCUUUCCUCAAACGAUGACAGUAUAGAGGGUUGGACACCCAAAGCUCUUGAAGAGACUAGAGAUCUCGUCUGCGGGUUGUUGAUGAAGUGCGCUGAUAUAAGCAAUGUGUACGAUGUUGCAGCACGAUGGGCUGUGAUCCUCACAGAUGAGUUCUCCAACCAAGGCGCUAUGGAGAAGGAGCUUAACCUGCCAACCUGCUUAUUCGGCGGCCCUCCAGAUCGGGAGGACUUGGUCAAGUUAGCAGAGUCCCAAAUUGGAUUCAUGAGUAUUUUCGCUGGACCUCUCUUUGAGGGUAUUACAGCAAUUUUCCCAGCCAUGGGUUUCUCCACUGUUGAGAUCGAGUCCAACAGAACGGUUUGGGAAGAGAAGAUUCACGUCGAGAAACUGAGAAGAGGAAACCUUCUGUCGAGUCCAGUGGCUCAGCCGUCGCCGCUUCGAACCCCACUCUCGGUGCCUGAGGAGGAAUCUGAAGACAGCAGGGAAGACGACAUUCCACCUGAACGAGAUUCUCUCUUUGUUCGUCCAACAUCCGCAUCACCUCUCAAAAGCAACAAAAAGAAGACGAGCACUUCGAGUUUCCAUGCGCCAUACUCCGUUCCAUUCCAUCAGCAUACCAACUCACGUCGUUCUUCCAAGGAUGCCGCACUUGAACAGCUGGAGCAACUGCAAUUGGGCCAACUUAGCAGCUUCUCCCGUAUCGAGAACCAGAACCAGAACCAUGACGAUGCUUCCUUGACGACAAUUCUUGUCCGCAGCCAAACGGCGCAGAGCAGACAGGAACCAGACUCGCCAACGAAGCUGCCACCGUCUUCCCACAGGCAAACUAUAAGACCCUUCCCACCACCUGCUCAACCCGGCGUCUCGUCUUCUGUACCUUCGUCUCGCAGCCAUGCUACUAGUAAUGCAACUGCGACGACUGCGACUUGUGCGCACUCACCAGGCUCCACGCGACCGUCUUCAGUAGAAGAAACGGAUAGCGAGACUCCCAAAGGAAUCCAGCCACCUCCUGUGCUAUCAACGGAAAACCCAUUCCUACACCCCAACUCAAGUCCGGAUCUACAUGGCAGAGAACGCAUUUCGCAUUCAGCACCAGAUAUCAGGAGCAUCCCAGAAGUGCGUACGAGCAAAGUGAGUUCAGUAUCACGUAUCACGGCAGACGGCGAUGAGGGCGACGACAAUCGUGGCAUGUCACAAAGACCUCCCGGAAUUCGUGAAAGCCGUAGCCGAAGCAGGCUGAGAGGACUUCGCUUCUGGAGAAAGAGGUGGAAGAGCCCUGGUCCCGGGGCUGAAGUCGAUACAGAGCCAUGA